AUGUCAGUUAAAUAUCCUAAGUUUUUAUUAUUUGGUGAUUCAAUCACUGAAUGGUCGUACACUGAUGGUGGUUUUGGCCAAAAGAUUUCGGAAGUUUAUGCUCGUCGUUAUGAUAUCAUAUGUAGAGGCUUCGGUGGGUACAAUUCUGAUCACGCAACCUUAAUAUUGCCAGAAAUUCUCAAGGACGAUAAAUUUCAGAUCAUGACAAUUUUCUUCGGUACAAAUGAUGCCUUUAGCACCUUCCAAGGAGUACCUUUGGAAAGGUAUCUGGAAAAUAUUGAUUAUUUGGUCAAGUUAGCAUUGAAGGAUAAUAUUAAAGUAGUUGUAAUUAGCCCUGCUCUUCAUGACCCUACACUCUUUUUGGAAGCCUCAGGCGAAAAAGAACCAAUUGGCUCUGUAGGAACAAAUCAAAAAUAUGCUGCUGCUGCUAAGAAGGUAGCAAAUGAUAAUGAUGUUGGGUUUGUAGAUUUAUUCACUUCUUUCCAAAAUUCUGGACUUUCAGUGAAAGACUUGUUAUGGGAUGGGAUUCAUUUUACACCAAAUGCGUACAAGUUAUUGUUUGAAGAGCUUAUGAAGCUGAUUAGAGAAAAAUAUCCAGAAGAGGAUCCUAAGACUAUGGCUCCUAGCUUAACUUAUUGGAACCAGUUAGCGGAUUGCCAGGGUGACUUGGAAAAAAUGAAGAAAAAGCUAUUCCAUUUAGAUUAG